AUGCCCCGCCAGCAGGAUCCGGCGAACGAGAGAUUCCCGAUAACUGGAGCUGGAAACCCGCAUCCACACCCGCACGACCGCUACGGGUACCUCCAGUACCGGCGGUACCACAGUGACUACCGCUACGACGUCCCCAGCCCCUCCCCCGCUUCCUCUCCAGCACCAGGUCUGCGCCUCUCUCUCAUAUCCCGUCACCUUGCCCCCGUCUAUCCGAUCAAUACUCCUUGGACUGUUGAGCGUCUUCCCGACAUCAUUGACACGACGCUGCUCCCCAAGAGGCAAUCACGCACUCUGUCGACUUCAACCUCUUCCAGCAAUCUCGAAUCGCCCAAAAUGCCCUCGUCGCAGCCCCCGCACGCCACCCUGCUCAUUCCUGGGCCCAUCGAGUUUGACGAUGCCGUCCUGCAAAGCAUGAGCCACUACAGCGAGAGCCACGUCGGCCCGGGCUUCGUGGCCGUAUUCGGCGAGGCGCUGACGAUGCUGCGCAAGCUCUUCCAGACUUCGGACCCCGCCGCCCAGCCCUUCAUCCUCUCCGGCUCGGGCACGCUGGGCUGGGACCUGGUCGCCGCCAACCUGAUUGAGCCUGGUGAGGACGUGCUGGUGCUAGGCACCGGCUACUUCAGCGACGGCUUCGCUGACUGCCUGCGUGUCUACGGCGCCAAUGUCACCGAGCUCAAGGCCCCCGUCGGUACCAGGCCGACCCUGCCUGAGAUCGAGAAGGCCCUGGGCGAGAAGCGCUACAAGGCUAUUACCAUCACCCAUGUUGACACCUCGACGGGUGUGCUGAGCGAUAUUAAGGAGGUGGCUGCUCUUGUGCGCAGGGUCUCACCUGAGACGCUGGUCGUUGUGGAUGGUGUAUGCAGCGUGGGCUGUGAGGAGAUCCGCUUUGAUGAAUGGGAUCUUGAUGCCGUCGUCACUGCCAGCCAGAAGGCCAUUGGGUGCCCUGCCGGCUUGUCCAUCUCCAUCUUCAGUGGUCGUGCUAUGAAGGCCUUCCAGAACCGCAAGGCUCCUGUCGCUGCUUACUUCGCUUCCAUGAAGAACUGGACUCCGAUCAUGCAAAACUACGAGGCCAAGAAGCCCUCCUACUUCGCGACGCCCUCGCCCCAACUCAUCCGUGCCCUGCACACCGCCCUGAGCCAGAUCCUGGCCCGGCCGCUGGAGGAGCGCUUCGCCGGCCACAAGGCGACGUCAGACCGCAUCAAGUCUCGCAUCGCCGAGCUCGGCCUCAAGCAGGUCGCGCCCAACCCUGCCGAGCAGGCCCACGGCAUGACCGCUAUCUACAUGCCUGAAGGCAUCCAGCCCGCGCAGAUUCUGCCCAUCCUCGCUAAGAAGGGCGUUGUCUUCGCCGGCGGCAUCCACAAGGAGAUCGCCAGCAAGUAUAUCCGGUUCGGGCACAUGGGUGUUAGCGCGCUGGAUGCGGAGCGCGGGGAUGUUGAUAAGGCGCUGAAGGCGCUCGAGGAGGCGUUGGAGGAGGUUGGGUAUAAGAAGCCUUGA